UGAAAAUAAAAGGAAGUACCUUCGGACACAAGGUUCUUUGAAAUUCUCUGAAUACUUUUUGGCCUCCGUUCUUUGUUUGAAUUCUCAGUGAGCAUCAGGAUCAUCAAGUCAGUGUCUCCCUUGUAACAACAAGCUAGUCAGGGCUCAAUCUUUGGCUCGCGAACUCCAGCAAUCAGACAGAGUUUAGUGGUUUCCCUUCGUUUUGACGCCAAAGAGUACGAUAUGUCUCUGUUUGUAGAAUUCUUGCGUUCCAUCUUUUGUCUCCAAGCAGAAGAACAUGUUGUUGAUGGUAAUAAAGAUGAUGACACUACCUCGAGGAACAGCCAUUUAGAAAAUAAAUCAAGUCUAAGAACCAGAACCACAUCGUCCCUUGAGAAUGACCCACUUUACUUUUCAUAUUCAUUGCAACCACCUUCAGUUCCCCGUAAUCCCCCAAAAUCUUAUUCUAAGUCAUCCGCAUCAUCCCUUAAAGGACCUCCAUCUCCAACUGGGCCAUCUUCAUCUUCCCCUAAGCCCCCUCCAACCUCUAAGUCAGUCAUAUAUCCAACUACAUCUCAUGCAGUAAGUGAAGAAAGAAAAAAGGGUGCAACAUCAUUAUUUGCAAGUUCUAUAUCCAAUCUGCCCUCAUCCUCUUCCAGUUCCUCUCCAGUUCUCCCUAAUCCUCCAAAAUCUACUCCUAAGCCAUCUGCAUCUUCCCUAAAAUGUCCUCCUCCAUCUGGGUCAUCUUCAUCUUCCGCUGUGCCCCCUCCAACCUUUAAGCCAGUUCUAUGUCCAACUACUACUACUCCUGGAAAUGAAGACAGAAAACAGAGUUAUAUAUUGGAGAAGGGUACAUCACCUAUAUUUGCAGUUCCUGAGUACAUCAAAAGGCAGAUCAAGGAGAACAUCGUGCCUGAAAUUCUGAAGCAGCCUUUGUCUCCUUCAACGUAUAAGGCUUACUUUACUGCUCUGUUAUAUGCUGAGGAUUUCUACUUGGAGAAAUGGAGUGAUUUCCUCUUGAAGAAUGUGACUUUGGAGUUCCAGGAAGCAGUAAUCUAUAAAGAAUCAACCAAGGACAAAAAUCUUAGUGGAAAUCUUAAGAAGAAGAAUAAAACAUUUGUAGUUUUUGAGAUUGAUUCUAUUCCUGAGAGGCGGCCAUUCCUUUUAUCGAGGGACUUGGUCUAUGCACGACCUUCGGGUACAGAGAUUGAGCCCUUUCAGGGUUUUUUUUAUCGUGUGGUGAAAAGCACUCGCGUAUUAGUGGACUUCGGAGACAAUUUUCAUUCUCAACACUAUGCUUCCAGAAAAUACGACAUCAGCUUCUCUUUCAAUAGAGUGUGCCUAAAGAGGGCUCAUAAAGCAGUUGAAACUGCAUCAAAUCCUUUAGUCCAGAACUUCCUCUUUCCUGAAUAUUGUGUAUCCCGAAAGGACAACCUUAACCCACCCACUCUACUUCGUGUUAAUCAUGAAGUUAGUAAAAAUGAGUUCUCUGCAAUUCGUCACAUUUCAAGCUUUCGGGGAUCACCACCAUAUCUUCUCAGUGGCUCACGCUGUGUAAUGGAUUCAGAAAUACUAUCAAGUACUGGAAUUGUUGUUCAAGAAGCAGUAUGUGAAAUAUAUCGGAUCUCUCCUAAGUGUCGAAUUCUUAUAUGUGCACCCACAAACAGCACAUGUGACGCGCUGACCAGAAGUUUGAAAAAGGUAAUUUUAGAAUCAGAUAUUUUUCGAGCCAAUGCUGCAUUUCGAGAGCUGGAUGAGGUACCUGCUGACAUUCUUCGUUCAUGUCCUAUAGAAGGGGAAUGUUUUACUUGUCCUUCAUUACAACAUCUUUGGAAAUUCAGGGUAAUUUUGUCAACUUUCGUUAGUAGCUUUCGAUUACACAAUGAAGGCAUACCUGCUGGGCAUUUCAGUCACAUUUUUCUGGUAGAUGCCUCAUUGGCGAUGGAGCCGGAGGCAUUGAUACCUUUGGCUAAUUUCGCUACUGACAAAACAGCAGUUAUAGUUACUGGCGCAUCCACAAGUCAUUCAGCUUGGGCCCGCUCCGACAUUGCGAGGAAAUAUGGAUUGGGGGAGUCACUUUUUGAUAGACUUUAUGAAAACAGGCUUUAUAGGGAAUUCAAUCCCAUGUUCAUCACGCAGUUGGCACAGUAGUCCUUUAUCUUUAAUUUCGACUGUUCCUUCGUAAACAGCAAUAUACAUUUGUACAUAUGCUGCUACCUUAAGUUGUUGUCUGCUUGUGUGUUUUGAUGCUGCUUUAUCAUCCUAGUUGUAUGUAUAAGUGCAAAGAUCUCUCCUGGAAGUUCAGUGAUGAUUUCCUUCUCUCUUUCUAUAUAUCGGAAGUUUAUACAUUUGUGUUCUAUCAUUUGGGGAGUAACAGCUCGUUUUUUAUCUCCUUUACUGACAAGGAAAUACUGUAAAAUCCCGUUUUUGGGGAUGUUAUUUAUUUUUAUCA